AUGACACAACUGGGCACGAAGAAGAGUCGCAAGGGUUGCACCAACUGUAAGAGGAGACGGGUGAAGUGCAACGAACAGACCCCUUGUGCGAACUGCAUGCGAAGGGGAGAGCAAUGCAGCCUUCUGGCGUUCCCCAGCAUCAAUGCCGACUCAGGGCAUACUCACAACGACCACAGCCUCCCCAGAAGUUCAGAAGAAUGGAUCCAAGACCUGGAACUAAUGCACCACUACGACCGCGACACUCUGCUCCAACCUCUCGGCGUCCGUGAUGAAUGUCAGCAUCUAUGGCAAGAAAACAUACCCCGAGAAGCCAUCAAGCACCCGUUCUUGAUGCAUGGCAUUCUCGCCCUAUCAGCCCUCCACAUCGCACAUGAGCGCCCAGCAGAAUCAGAAAAGUAUCUGCAGCUAUGCGACAAACACCAGACAAAGGCUCUGGAGAUGUUCCGGUCGGUGUUGUGUGCGGACAUUUCACCUGACGUGAGCGCCGCCCUGUUUGCGCUCUCGAGUACCGUAUCAAUACUAUCGAUGGGUCGAUCAUGUACCGAAGCAUCCCUGAUGCCAGAGCUACAAUACAUUGGGAUGGAGCAGGUCGCGGAGCUCUUUCUCCUUACCCGGGGUGUGCGUGACCUGAUAUAUACCUGCAUGACAUGGGUCAGCGCAGGGCCUUUAGGCCCACUACUGGACGACCAUUUCCUCCUACUUGCAGAGAGCGAGGUCUACCUUCCGGUAGCUGUGCAAAAGCAAUUCAGCUACUUGCAGUCGAUGCUAGUGGAGUCAUGUCCGGUUGAAUAUUGUCCCGACUGUGAGCGAGCGCUCAAGUGUCUGGAGGACGUGUACUGCAAUGUCGUUCGAUUAUCGCCUACGGAUGAGGUCGAGACAAGCCAAAUAUGGCGGUGGAUGUUACCGGUUCCAUCCGAAUUUGUGAGGAUGAUAUCAGCUUGCUCUCCGCCUGCACUCGUGAUACUCGCCCAUUUCGCCGCUGUCUCUCUGUCUGUCCGGAAAGCGUGGUAUACGAAGAACUGGGGACAAUAUGUACUAAGCGGCGUCAGUAUGAUGCUCUACGGGACUGAGUUCUACCAUUGCCUGGAUUGGCCUUUGGAGCAGGCCAGGACUAGAAUGAUGGUGCUUACACAUCUUGGAGAGAUCGAUAGUGACAUGAAUGACAAUUCACCUCCUGCGGCGAAGCUUGCGCUGGAUGAGACACUUCUUCUGGACAGCGAGAUAAUUCAAGCGGACUUGGGCUUCGUCGAUUUCUGA